UGCCUUCUAGAUUCGCGAGUGAGAAGCGGCGCUGCCUGGCAAUUUACAGAGCGGAAGUGCUAGUGGUGCUUCCUUCAAGCUGGAGGAUGACUGUCAAAUGGGUUUUGCACUGGCAGCCCAACGCAGGAACUUUGGUGAAUAGCCAAAUUCUUAAUGAAAUUUCUCAGUGCGUUGAGAGCAUCAAUGGUGUCAAAGACGGAAGAUGGAAAGCGACUCUAACAUUCUAUCGACCCAAUUUACGAGACCCGUCGCUGCAGGCCGAAUUUCCGCGUGAUUUUCUGGGGAUAUCGCUUCUAGAGCAACCUCACAAAUACUACUUCAUAAUUCGCGGCCAGAGGAUCGUUCUUGAAGCAGAUUCUUCAAUUCUGACUAUAAUGGAGAAGCUGCAAUCGUACAAGUCUAAGGUGGCACUCAAUUUCGAGGGUGUGGUGUAUAAACUUGGUGACUUUCAGCUGAAAGUUGGAAAAGUUGCCACUAGUACUUCUGAAAGCCUGAGAGGAAUUGUGAUGGAGUUUGAGUAUCUCCCCAUUUCAUCCAUGGAGAAAUCUAGGCAGCUUAUGGAAGAAUUCCUUAACAUGUGGCGAGAAAUAGUGUCAAAAAAAUCAUUACCAGGUCAAUUCAUGCACGUGGAACCAAAUUACGCAGAAUAUGGUCUGUUGGAUAAAUAUACUUCGCAACAUACAGCUGUUCUGUAUGCUACUGCGUUCGCCCAACUCAUUGUACAACAACAAGCCGGGCAGCCUACGAGGAAUUAGUAAGAGCGAAUGGCUUCCAUUCUCGCCUGUUCCCUGAGUAAUGUUUGAAUCUAGGAGAAUGUAGAGGGAAAAAAAGAAAAAGAAAAAGGAAGAGGUUGGAUUUUUCCCCGGGGAAACGUCCAAAUUAAGUUUCCAUUCUCUGUUCAUAAUAGCAUUGUAUUGUUAUUAUUAUAUUUCGAUUUUGAUUUGAUUUCUAGAAGAAAUAAAACCCAAGUAUUGUAUGUAUUUAUUAUCAGUGCCUUCACAUUAUCUUGUUCACUAAUCUAUUUUUUUCAAUUUACAUAAA